AUGACCAACGGACCUUCUGUCACGAGUGUGGCAAUUCUUUAUGGCAGUGAAUCUGGCAACUCCCAGGAUUACGCUCACUUUCUUGCGCGUAAGUUGCGUUACAACUCAUUGAAACCCACUGUCUGUACUCUUGACUCGUUCCCUCUCAAGCGUCUUGUCACAGAUAUUCAGUAUUUGAUAGUGGUCUGCUCUACUACUGGACAGGGAGAGGUACCUAGAAAUGCUAAGAAGUUUAUCAAGUUCUUAUUGAAGAAAAAGCUUCCUGAAGAUCUUUUGGAUCAUAUAAAAUUCACCACGUUCGGCCUUGGGGACUCUUCCUACCCUAAGUUCAACUAUGCCAUUAGAAAACUCCACAUAAGACUCCGACAGCUUGGCUGUAAAGAGCUAUGCCCACGAUGUGAAAGUGACGAACAGGCCCCAGAGGGCAUCGACGGUUUUUACGCAGAAUGGGAAGCGAAAGUAAUCGAUGCCCUUAAAAAGGAGUUCCCCAACAUUUUCACGAUAGACGACCAUGUUCUACUUCCACCUGAGAUUUCUGUCUCUGUCAAAUGCGAGGACAGUGACGUGGUAGGAAACGGUGACUUGAGUCCUACGCGAAAUGGAGCCGGUUUGUCGCUUGGGAGAAUCGUGACAAACACUCGUAUGACGGCUUCUGACCACUUUCAGGACGUUAGGCAUGUGACAAUCGAAGCAAUCGAUCAAGAUUUAUCGUAUGCACCUGGAGAUACGGUAGCAUUGUACCCACCAAACGACGAUAGAAGCGUGGAACUUCUUUUGGAGCUGCAACCCCAUUGGCUUGAGAUCGCCGAUAAGCCGCUUGACAUGCCUCACCCGCCAGAAUCUGAGGGAGGCUUCAUUGAUCACAAUUAUCUCACGUUGCGAAAUUUGAUCAAAUAUCAUUUGGAUAUCAUGUCGAUUCCAAGGCGCUCAUUUUUUGCACUCUUGCAUCACUUUGUCGACGAUCUGACAGAGGAAGGCAAAAGAGAGAAGGAGAAACUCUACGAGUUUAGUACCCUAGCUGAGGCGGAGGAUCUUUACAACUAUGCUAAUCGUCCAAGACGACUAAUUCUAGAGACCAUCAUGGAGUUUGAGAAGAACUUAAAAAUACCACUCGAAUACGUACUUGACUUGUUUCCCAUGAUUAAAGUUCGACUCUUUCUGAUAGCGUCCAAGUCCUCUUCGGAUACUGUUGAGAUCAUUGCAGGAAUUGUGGAGUACAAAACCAUCCUAAGAAGAAUCAGGCGUGGGUUGUGCUCUAAGUGGAUCAAGCUGUUACAGGUGGGAGAUUCUGUGAUAUUCUCUAUCCAUAAAUCUAAUUUGUCCUUCUCUCUUCCCAAAAUUCCAAACCCUCCAAUCGUCAUGAUUGCUCCAGGAACUGGUGUGGCCCCGAUGAAGUCUCUCAUCGAGCAAAGAGCAGGACAACAGGAACUUCACUUGUUUUACGGCUGCCGUUUCUCAAAUAAGGAUUUCCUAUUCCAGGAUUUGUGGGAGUCUUUUGAGGCUAAAGGUGCUCUUCAUAUGCAUCCAUGCUUUUCCAGGGAUCCAGGUUCAAGAGUGAAGUACGUUCAAGAUAAGCUUUACCUUGAACGGGAAACGGUUGCAAAAUUGGUGCUCCAAGAAUCUGCCAUAAUAUUUGUCUGUGGCUCAAGUGGUAACAUGCCCCGUCAAGUCAGAAUGACACUUGUGGAGAUAUUGAAGCAAGGUGGCCCUGAAAAUUUGGACGCUGAACAGUAUCUCUUGGAUAUGGAGAAUUCGGGUCGCUAUAUUCAAGAAACAUGGUGA